GCGCGCACGCACGCACACACACACACACGAGCGCGCGCGCGCCAUAGCCAUUUUCCCGUACGCUCCGCCACGUUGGUUCCUCUACGCUCGUGUCGCAUUCUCCUGCGCGCCGCCGACGUUGUGUUUUGUGAUGAGGCGGGAAAUGGCGUCCACAGACAUGGUUGAUCAGUGACUAGCCACCGCGCGACAGACACCGCUGGCAGCGACGACCACGGCCCGACCUCUGCCGGAGGUCCGCCACGGUCGCGGCGGAGAAGCCGACGGCGCCGCAGCGAGGGGUUCGAGAGCUUUCCGGAUCGUCGAUUUUUCUAUGUGACGGCAGAGCAUGAUGAGGCUGAGAGUGCGUAAAGCUCCUCAGCAGCCGAACUUACGGCGUCAAACCCACCCAGCCCAGGCCAAACGGAAACACUGUGAGGUGGAGCCAUCCUUGGUGAGAGGUCGAGGCAAAAUGCAGAAGAAUGAAACGGGCCUGUUCUCCACGAUAAAGAAAUUCAUACGUGGGAAUGCUGUCAAGGUGGAGCAGGACAUCCCCGCCAAGAGGAGUCGUAUUGAUUGUAAUUCUGACAGCAAUCUAAUUGCUUCAACACCACAAACUAGAGGCCUUUCCAACAAACCGGUCUCCAGAGUUUGCCGGAAAAGUCCAAAUAAAGACACAAUGACCUGCAACAGUAAACCCAUUAAACCAAAUGGUAAACUGGAUGCUCCAGUUGAGGCCCCCAGCAGCCCACCACGCACCACCCUGCUUGGAACCAUCUUCUCUCCAGUCUUCAACUUUUUCUCACCAGCGACUAAAACUGCCACUCCUGGUUCAGACUCUCCUGGCCAAGCGAUGGAGGCGGAGGAAAUCAUGAAGCAGCUGGACAUUGAGCAGGCAGAGGAAAUGUCAAGCAGCACGCUCACGUCCACAGAGGGCAUCACUAUUCACACUGACCCUGUGUUGCCGCCGAGGCUCCAGAUAACCUCCGACACAAGCAUAGAAGAAGGGGAGAUCGUCACUGAAACUGACAUGCCGCCAUUAACGGCUCCCGGUUGUGUGCCAGAUGGCGUUUACACACACGCGUUACCCUCCGCUCCUGCCGAAACCUCAUAUGAUGAGGAGUGGGAAGUUUUUGAUCCGUAUUUCUUCAUCAAGCACGUGCCUCCGCUGACAGAAGAGCAGUUAACACGCAAACCAGCGUUACCUUUAAAGACCCGCAGCACACCAGAGUUUUCUCUCGUCUUAGAUCUGGAUGAAACUCUGGUUCACUGUAGUUUGAACGAGCUUGAAGACGCAGCGCUGACAUUCCCUGUGCUCUUUCAAGAUGUAAUAUACCAGGUGUAUGUUCGGUUGAGACCCUUUUUCCGCGAGUUUCUUGAGCGCAUGUCUCAAAAGUAUGAGAUUAUUCUCUUCACGGCUUCGAAGAAAGUCUACGCUGACAAGUUGCUCAACAUCCUUGAUCCGAAAAAACAGUUGGUCAGACACAGGCUGUUUCGUGAGCACUGUGUGUGCGUUCAAGGCAACUAUAUUAAAGACCUAAACAUUCUCGGACGGGAUCUUUCCAAGACGAUAAUAAUCGACAACUCACCCCAAGCCUUUGCUUACCAGCUUUCCAACGGAAUCCCAAUAGAGAGCUGGUUUGUGGAUAGAAAUGACAACGAACUUCUAAAGCUCGUUCCUUUCCUGGAGAAGCUUGUGGAGCUGAAUGAAGAUGUGAGACCUCACAUCCGAGAGCAGUUUCGCUUGCACAACCUCCUUCCUCCAGACUGACGACCUCGUGUUCACCUUUCAGUUCGAGGUGGUAUCGACAAUGGGGGGAAAAAAAACCUGACUCGUAGAGGGAUAUAUUUGUUGGACUUCUGUUGCCCUUGUUAUCGUUUUUUGUUUUUUAAAUCGUGCGAAAAGAGAAAAAAAUUGAAAGCUUAUGUUUGAGUCAAAAAAAAAGUCCUGGAUGUUUUUUUAUACAUAUGCACUCGAACGCGCCUCAGAACAAACAGACCUUACUUUUCACUCGCUUCUUCUCGGUGUGACCUUGAAGAUGACCUCCUGGAAGGUCUUUUGUCUUAGGAACAUUUUGGAUUGACUAAACUGAAUGUCAUGCAGUGUUGGAUUUUCUUGGACCUCGUUGGCUUCAGCCUGACUUUGACCGGCCAGUCGAACCUGUAUAAUAUUCACUCUAUUUACUUGUAAAUAUAUGUACAUACUUUUUUCUUUCUUCCGAGGUUUUUAAGUCUUUUUUUUUUCUCUUCAGAUUUUAGUACGUAUUCUUCGAUUCGGUUUCUUUUAUAAACCAACAAGAUGUUAGUGUGUUUUGUUUGAAGUUGUUGAUGAAAUGCUGCUUUUCUGUUGUACGCCUGCAUUUUUCCCUGUGAAGCUUUACUCCAUUACAUGCAGUUGUCUGUAAUAAGGUGCAGUUUAAAAAUAAUAAUGAUAAUGUAUCUUUGAGAGGACAGUGUUUCUGAAAUGAUAUUUUAAAGCUAUGUAAUGUAAGCUAGAAUAGGGUCUCAACUGAAUACAAAGCCAUAAUGGCGUAACAAUAAUUUUUGAGAUUUGUAUUUGAGAUUCCAUCUCUGAUUUCAAUACCGUGAUCGUCCUCUUUGAUGACGAGUGGUGGGGGAGGGGAGGGGGGUUCAGGCAUCUUGCACUUUGACAUCCAGCCCUUUGUAAGUUAAUGUCAAAUCUUGUCACUUUUCUACACAGGUGUGUAUCGCCUCAAUUUGGUAUGUGGGGAUUUGAAAAAAGAAAAAGAAUAAUUGUAGCACCAGCAAAUUGCCAACAAGUUUGCUUUCAAAUCUUGUUUUCCAAGACGUCUUGUAUGUGGGAGUCACGAGUUUUAUUGACUAUUGAAUGAUCACACUCCUGUUGUAUUCAGUGUUACUCAAUGGUUUCCUUGAAAAUAAAUUCAUUUUCAUAAGA